CCCGAGAAAUUGUCAUGGACGCCGGUUUGAAUCCGGUUUCAGACGACGGCGGUGGUAGUGCUCUCGGGCAAACGGCGGCUGGGGAUAUUGAUCUGAUGGGAGCAAAGAGCAAUGAGCUCUUGUUCGCGCAGGCGAUGGACCCUACCCCGCCAAAUGGGGAAGCGGUGGGGUUGAUUCUCGACAUCAAUCCUCUUGACCCGGCGGUGAUCGCUGUUGUUGGUGCCGUCGUCGUGUGUCUUGUUGCCGCGACAUGGUAUAGGCGCAAGCCCAGCAAGACCUCUCGAGCAACAACGACUCUCGCUACGGGCGGCAGUGCAGGGACGGUAUCAGCAGCGACCGACCGCACGUCUUCACCGGUGAUUCAAUCGCGGUACAGUACCCGAGGACAUGGCGUCCGCACGCCGGAAAGCCGCAGAUCGGCUCGCCGUGCAUCGUCUCCCGCUUCGGCUAACCGUUCGUCGCCGCCGGGGAAGGUGACGAUUCUCACUCCCCAACAGCUUGCACUCUGCGAGGUGUUGUACGACGUUUUCAACGGGGUGGUGCCGUCGCGCGGCAUCGAGAGCAAGGCAGUCCAGGAGUUCGAUCUUUCGACCGCUGACAUUAGACGGCAGUUCAAGAACAUCCAGCGGGAACGAGAGCUGGACCGUGGAAACGCCUCCUCCUCCGACAACAACGGCAGCGGUGCUCCGCCGAGCUCGCCGACGCCCUGCCCCGCGGCGCAGUCGCGCCUAACGCGGCCCUCGACUCGCCGCGCUUCCAUCGCGGCUGCUGCUGCUGACACCAAACAGCAACCGGAAGCAGGCAAGAAACCCUCUUUCAGGGCGAAGAAGGGCUCUCGAAUUCCUGUCCCAGGCAAGCAGACAGCAGCAGCAGCAGCAGCAGCAGCAGCAGCAGCAGCUGCCACCACCGCUCCGUCCACCAAGAAGCCGCCGGUAUCCCCGAGAUCGACGCCAGUCAAGCGCGGCGCGGCGGCGAGGCCGGGCACGGCGGGCGGCGGCGGCGGCAGCUGCGGCUCGUCCGCGCGCGCAGCGAAACGCGCGGCACCGUCGUCUCCAUCCGGAAGGUCGGCGGCUUCGGAUCUACCGUCAUCUCCGCCCGAGUCUCCCAUGCGGACGCGCGGCAGGAACAACAGGACCGCGUCCGUGCGCAUCGGCUCUCCGAAAUCUGCGCCGACGAAGCGAGCGGCGGCGGCUGCUUCUUCCCCUAGAAGCGGCAGCGGAGGCACGCCUUCGAAGAGGGGAAAACCUUCGGUUCUCGAGAUCGCUAGGCGCGAGGUUCAGCAGCAGAUCGUCGACGUUGCCAGCACCCGUGCAAGCAGCCUACGGGCGCGGAGAAGCAGCAGGAGCAACACCAACACCGCCACGCGUCGCGGGAGCAAGUCCUAAGAAUGAACGGUGCACCACAUCAUCUACAUGCUGGUAGCCGUGGAGCUAGCUCCUUCCUAUGUGCACACCUUUGCUAGAUGGACGGGAUGCCGUAAGGUUAUUCCUUCGCUUCGAUGGUGUUGCUUAAAUUCGUACUGGAUUUAGGGGGUCCUGUCCUCUCCACAGUUGUUGAUCCGCGUUUAUUUUCCUGCAGGACUUGAGGUGAAGGUCUGUACCGUCCAUGUAGACGGCCAUAUGCUUGUCCGGCUCCUGAAAACGCAAGUUGGCCUUUUCUCUUUGCCGCCCAGCCCGAGACGACAUUCAUUCCAUGUCUCUUUGUUUUUUGUUUUUUUUCUUUCAGCCGGCCAGCUUGACGUUGCCCGCCCCUCCCGGUGGGUGAAAGGCGGGAAGGGAUAUCGUUAGGGUAGACAGACUAGGGAAGACAUUUUGGAGCCACCUUUCGCAAAGUAGAAAGGAGCGAUUGGCCAUCGGUGAUGGGUCCUGUGGGAACAAUGCUCCGUCCUCUCGAGGACGCGUGGUCAAUGGUCUAACCGCUAAGGUAUGCAAAACAUAAGAGUACCCGCCCCCCCGCCCCCGCCCGGUGGGUGCAUGAAGUUUUCGUCGUUGUUUGUCUCUACUUUCAAUAUGGUUCGGUAUACAGCUGUAGAAUGGGUUGAUAUAUCUGGGAAAAUUGUAGUGCACCACGCGGAGUUCUUCAUGUACCGUGUCGCAUGUGUCGUGUGCUCGAUUCGACGGGACUCUAGGGUGUGCUUCAGCUGCAAAAUUGAAAUCUCAUGCGCACGGCCUUGCGAUUCGUAGUGAGCGGGCGCCCUUGGCUCAAUUUCACGCGGAUUUAAAGUUCCGCACCUGUAGUUGUGGUGUAUGUGGACGGAGUCUACGAUGCAUGGCGCAGCUGCCGUUGAGUCUUGCUUGUAAUACCAUUUGUCAAGUCAGUGUAAUUUUCUUGUCUAAGAGCACAAGGGCAUAGUCACACCGGCAGAUACCCCGAAAGCUCAAGUGAGUAAUGUGUCAACUUGGAAAGUUUUUUUUUGUUUCUGUGGCUUCCGCCUAGCGUAUUACGCGUGGACUAGAUCUCCCUGUUUGGCAGUUCUAUUUUUUAGGCGCACGCCACCAUUUAUGUGUGUAAGGAUUCUUGCAGUGUAAUAGGCUUCUGAGCCUCAUUGUAUUAAGGAUAUCGAGGACUUUGGCACGGAGACCUCCCACUGGGAACGACAGUGUAUCAAGUGGCGUACAUGGGAUGCGAGAAGUGAAAACCAUACACCGCCGCCACAUAUACGUGCGCGGGCUACUGCAUGCACGCCAUCAGCUGCAUGGCAACCCGUCCUUUUUCUUGGGGGAAAUUUAAUUUGUUCGUUCAAUUUGGGGGGGAGGGUACGAAUUUUUGUGCAGCAGGUCGACAUACUCUGCGUUCUUCUUAGCAGGGGGUCGAAGAGCAGGAGGGUCAGAGGCGACGGGGGUUGAUGUGUAAAGCUUGUUUGGAAAGAGCAGUAAUGAAUCCCUGACGCCAUUUGUACGUCGCAGUCUGGCUUGAAGAAAACAAAGGUGGGCAGCGUUAGAGCUCAUUUCGAUAUCGGGACAGAAAGAGUAGGUCGGCGUUUCUGCUAUUUACCAGUCUCUAAGAGUCGCAAUUUUCCGAGUCAUUGAGGGGAGGGGGGGAGCAAGCGUAAACCAGGCUUCCAAGGCAUGUAGUAGGUCAUUGGUUGGCGAGCUUGAUGAUGACCUGCUAAAAGUGCCGCAGUUUUGUUGUGGCCGAAAACUGCUCCGCGACCAAACCAGUCAAUACACACAAACCUGUUGUGAAUGGUUGUACUCUAUCUUGUCACGGGCAAGAAGCUGUUAUACGCGCAAUCCUUCGUGAUUUGUCUUU